AUGUUAUUUGAAGUAAAUUUUAUUCAUUACAACGGCAGAAAAAGGACAAAAUGUAAAUUGAAUUUUCAAAACGAACAAAAACAACCAAAACAACGACCAAAACAACAACAACAACAGCUACAGCAGGAAAGUAAAGGAAAAAAAUUUUUCUUUUAUUUAACUCAAACAACUUCCUGGAUUCCACCGGUCGAAUCUUGGACAGGAGAUUUUCCAUACGGAUGGGAAGAAGGAUUUGAUCACGAUGGAAAAUCAUAUUACAUCAAUCAUUUAAAUAAAACGACGACAUAUGAAGAUCCGAGAAAAGAUUGGAGCGAAGAACCUCCCCUUCCGAGGGAAGUCACACUCACGAGACAUCCGGAAAUGGGUUUCGGUUUUGUCGCCGGAAGUGAAAAACCCGUCAUCGUCAGGUUUGUGACGGAAGGAGGACCGAGUGUUGAUCUUCUUCUUCCGGGUGAUCAAAUAUUAUCCGUCAACGGUGAAAACGUUAAAAAGGCGCCCAGAGAUCACGUGAUCAAAUUAGUACGAGCAUGCAAGGACGUUGUUCGUCUCACCGUUUCUCAACCUCCAUUGGACAACUCAACGAGGAAAUCGGCCCUUUUGAGCGCGGCAAAAAAAGCAAAAUUAAAAUCGAAUCCAUCGAGAGUCAGAUUUGCCGAAGGAGUUGUCGUCAAUGGCUCGCCGCCGUCGAUGUUUUCAAAUGGAGAAUCUUGCAUUCCAGUCCUUCCGAACGUUCUUAAAGUUUAUUUAGAAAACGGGCAAACGAAAUCGUUCAAGUACGAUUCCACGACGACGGUUCAAGAUGUCGUGACAUCACUAUUACAAAAACUUUGCAUUUGGUCAUCGGAACAUUUUUCCCUCGUCGUAGAACAUUACAAGAGUCUCAGACGAAACAAAUUGACUUUGUUGGAUCCGAGAGAAUCCGUGGCGAGAGUCGCCGCACGUCCCGGAUCUCACAAUCUCAGGUGUUUGUUUCGCGUGACGUUCAUGCCAAAGGAAGCCGCGGAACUUGCACAAAAAGAUCUCGUGGCUUUCGAAUAUUUGUACAUGCAGUGUUGCAACGACGUCGUGCAAGAGAGAUACGCUCCUGAGUUAAAAUACGAUUUGGCUCUUCGAUUGGCAGCACUGCACAUACACCAACACGCUUUGGCUCAUAAUUUAGCGGGAAAAUUAACGAUAAAAGGAGUCGAGAGAGAAUUCGGACUGGAAAGGUUUGUACCCGUGUCAUUGCUCACGACGAUGAAAAGAAAAGAACUCCGAAAACUUUUGGCUCAUUUUUUAAAACUAAAUCAAAAUAUAUUACCCGGUCAGAAAAGUCUGACGAGUUUUCAAGCCAAAUUACAUUAUUUGAACAUAGUGAGCGAGUUACCAAGUUACGGAGCAAAAUGUUUUUCAACAAACAUCAGGGAUGCCAACAUGGAAACGGUUUUACUAGUCAGUCCAAAAUUUGGUAUUAGUCAAAUAUUAGGAAUAAGAAAUAGCGUGCCAGUAGCAUUAGCAAACGUGGAAGAUGUGAGAGGGAUAGUUGUGAGAAGAGAAGAUGAACUUUCCAGAUUGAUAAGAAUAUUUUUGAUAAAUAAUAGAGAAUUGAUAUUUAGUCUGGAAGAUCGGGAUGCGGAUGAAUUGGUUUUGAUAUUGAAAGGGUAUUAUCAUUUGUUUACCGGAGAAAAUGUUGACGUGGACGAAGAACGUGAUCCGUGGCCGGAAGAUUGCGCACCCUUGUACAUGUCACCACACGAAGUUUGUCCAGCGAGUUGGAGUUAUUUGAAUUCCCGCGAAUCCAGGACGCGAGUCGUUAAUUUUUCAAUGAUUCCAUAUUACCAACCUUCGACGGAUACGAUCAACGGAAGAAUGAACGGACACGUUGGUAUGAAAACAUCGUCUGGAACGACAUCCCAACAAUCAUCGUCCUCGUUACCGCCAUCUUUGGGUGAAAAAUGCGGAGUUGAUAGCAACAUUCCCGUUCCAGAUGGUAAAAAAAAUUAUCAAAAUGGCGGAUUACAAAACGGAAGUUUAAAUUCGUUAGAUGCUAAAAAUGACGAAGUGUUGAAACGAGUUGCAGAAAUGCAGGCUCUUGUUUUGACUUCCGAACAAUACCUGACGGAACAAACGGAAACGAAUCAUCAUCAUCAGCAUCAGCAUCAACAAUCGUUGGGAAGGAUAACGAAACUUCACGAAGAAGAAGAUUCUGAAGAGAGUCACAUAUCGUCUGGCGAAUCUGAAAUUCCAGCACCUGGAGAAUUGAAACACAGCGAUUCGCUUUUGCUUCUCACACAAUUCGUAAUUUUUAUUCGAUUGGUGGUUGCCCAGGUAUCGAAUUCGGUUAAUGAACUGGAAGACGUCGUAAAAAGUUUGGAUAUCGACGAUGUCGAACCUUCAGAAAGUGAUACGGAUUCUGCGAGCACUCCAGCCGGAAGUCCUUCACAAUCGAAAGCGAGAAUGUCCGAUAAGAAUCGUCACAGCACUCAAAGUUUCGGUCUUCACAGUCCGGAUGGUAUCACGUCAACGUCGUGCGAAUUUCAAGCUUAUCUCCAAAGGUUAAAAGACGAUAAGGAAUUCGAUUUCGAAUCCGAAAAUGGAACUUUCUAUUUCGAUCCGGAUAUAAUUGAUUUGACGAACAUACCUCCACCGCCGACACCUGAUGAUGGAGUGAAUCCGUUGCCGAUUCAACCGAGUUUUCCUCCCACGCCUUUCGCCGAUGGUGACAACAACAAAGUCGAACCAUCCAUAUAUUGGGGAGAAGAAGAACAAGAAUCGAUGGUACCCGAGAGCCAAGUCGACGAUGAUUUGGAAGCAUUUUUAGCGACGGUCGCCGUCGCGCCACCCGAUCACGCUCAUAAGAUAACAACGGAAGAAAUUCUUUCUUACAUAAUUCCGCCUCCGCCGAAAACCGCCGCACCCUCGACUUCUUCUUUUUCCACUAUUAGUUUAGAUAAUAAUACAAAAAAUGUCGUCGAUGAGACUAAAACACGAGAAGCCUUUCAACAGCCUUUAAUGAAAAGGAACGGCCUUGAAAACGAAACGUCGUCGAAGCAAAACGGUCACGUUACGUCAUCAUUUUCACCCAAAUUGGGUUGGAAAGAUUCGUCGUCGUCGUCGUCGUUUUGCGGUGAUCGAAGUGGUUUGAUUCAAAAAGAUAGACGUCAGUUGCUUUGCAACAACAACAACACCAACAACACCAUCAACGCCAACACUUCGGAUUUGCCUCCGAAAUGUCAAAAAUUAAUUCAAGUGAGUGAAUGGCCACGUAAAGAUGGUCCGUUGAAAUUAAGCUUGCUUGGGGUCGGUGGCGGUUCGGGCGGUGGCGGUGACGUCAGUGACGGUGAUAUAUGUAAUUGUGGUAGUUUUGGCAAUGCGACGACGAUCGCGUCUUCCCAAUACGAUUCCUUACCCAAAUCCUUGGCACGAUAUCCGACACACCAUCAAGAUGGUCUGAGUGGUUGUGGUGUCGGAAAAUCACCGUCGGCAUCAUCUACGUACGGUACAUUGCCAAAGACAAAAUUUUACGAAAUCGAUCAUAAUAAUGAUACUUACAAUAAUAAAUCAGGGACUUUAAUAACAAAAGGUAUUUCCGGUAGUAGAAACGUGACGUUUGGAACUCCUCCGACCCGUGAUUCUUCUCCUCCUGUUAAUUAUUUACCAAGAAACGGUCUAGUCAUGUACAGAACGUGUCGCGAUGAUUUCACUCAACAGCAUCAUCAUCAUCAACAUCCUCAACAUCCACCGUCACAUCGGGGAUUUCAACAGCAACAGCAAAACAAUUUUGGAAUUAUUCAUCCCGGGGUAAGUAGGUCUGAAAGGGAAUGCCAACACCACCACCCUCACCCCCACCAAAUCGAUUCAAGGGAAAUAAGGGAUAAAAAUGACGACGCAUUGGGAAUUCUUCUUGUACGUUUGGAUCAACUCGCUGCCGAAUGCGAUCGAGCUCAGGGACAAGGAGGAGGACACCACAUAAACGAAGAAAAAUUUCAGGUGGCAAAAAAUUCAGCUGCGGAAACGACUCAAGAAUUAUUGUCAAUUUCAAAAAGCCUUAUUAAAAAUUUCUUAUCCUCGUCGUCGUCGUCGUCCUCGUCGCUGCCGUCACCGUCACCGGAAACGGAAACGGAAUCUAGAAAAUUUUUAGAUAACGUUAAAAAACUUUGCGAAAGGUGUACGGAAAUGUGCGCGCACACGAGUUCACCCGUUCAUACGAGAAACAUUAUAUUAAGAGUUCACGACGUGGCAACAGCAUAUAGAGAAUUACAAAGGAAUAAAAAUCACAAACAAUCCGAUUAUUUAAACGAUAUGCUUACGUCACUAUCGAGAAGUUUAAAAGUUUUCGAGUGA